GUUUUUUCGUGAAGACUACAGAAUAAGCUUAACUCGUUAGGAAAAAUCAGGUUUUAAUAGGACGAAGUGAAUCAAAAUAUUACCAAGUCAUUAAGCUUCAGUGAAAGCACGUGUUGCUCAAAAUAAUAAAUAUAAAUGUGAAUAAAUUCAUGUCGUGAUUACUUAAUAAAUUCAUUCUCUGAAAAACUUAAUAAAUAUUCACUUAAAUGUCUAAAAAAGAUCCAGCAUCUCAUUUCUUCUAUUGAGUAGAAUAUGCUCCGCUUGAUAAGUUAUUCAUCAGUCGAUUCAUUCAUCAAAAGAGAUUCUGUGCUGGAUAUAUUAGAUAAAUAUAAAGUGAAUCCCAAAAUUCUCGAACACUUGCAAAAGCAGACGAGAGAUGCUGAUUUGAAUAUUUUUGAUCUUAAAUUGGAAACCAAGAGAAAUUUGAUGAGUAAAGAAAAGGGUAUAUUUGUGCAACACCGUAGAGAGUAUUACAAUGACUUCGAAGACUGCUUACGAGAUUAUAAAAAUGCGAAAAUAAAGUCGCUUCAGAAGCAGACGAAGAUACAUCUUAGUGAUGGUGAUAAUGGAGAUUCUGACUCAGAGUAUGUUGACUGUACUGAUACAAAUGAAUUGAGACAUCAAACUUCGUCAAAAUCCAUGCCACAUGUUUCAUCCGGGAUUUAUCGUGAUGGCUUUAGUCAGCAAUUGGAAAAGAAGGCUACAGCAACAUGUAUCGAAACGGAAGCACAAUCACAAAUUACCGUGAAAGCUCAAUUAAAAGCGGAUUAUAAUGAUUUGCGAACAAAGAAUGAAAGCUCAACACAAUUUACAACACAUAAUAAUAAUAACAACAAUCAGAUUAGAAAUAGUAGCUGUAACAAUUCUGUAAUCUCUGCAAGCGAUAGAAAGGUCAACUUGAGUGAAAAAUCAAUAACAAUUCAUGGCAACAUAACUGCCCCAUCCACAUCUAAUAUUAAAUUUAACGUCAAUCAACAUGCGACUGAUAACCAGCAAACAGAAUCGAAGGAUAAUUUCAUGUCGACAACAGUACAAAAUGCUCAUAAGAAAGACGAACAAACGAGAAGGAAAAGCUGUAAGAAGAAAAAGGAAAAUGUUUUACUUGUCAUGAAAGACCCAACUCAAAGGUGA